AUGAGCGCCCAACAAGCAACUAAAGAAAUUAUUCCACCACCAAAUAGAAGAGUAGUUCGGUGCCAAACGCUUUCGGCAAAACAAGGUGAUUUCAUUUUACAGGCAAAUAAAGAAAUUCUGCCAACACCAGGUAGCAUAGCUUGGUGCCAAACGCAAAACGAAGUUGUUCAAUUAAAGUUUGAGUGGACCAUUCACCAAUUAGCGUUCCUAAAAACUUUUGAAAAAUGGGGAGAUUAUUAUUCGUCUCAAUUUUUUCACGAAAAAACCCCUGAGUCGAAGUGGACUCUGCGAUUGUCUGACGAGGGAGCCAAUAUCAAGAUCAGCCUGGAAAUGCCUUAUCCCAAUCAAUUAGCAAAUCCCGUCCGAGUGAAGAUUGCCAUUUCGAAUAGAAAACGCGAACAGAUUUUCCCGCAACAACAAUGUUUACCGCAAUAUACAAAAUUGCCUUGCUGUGUUUUUCAAAUCGCAAAAAAAAGUUUAGUAGAGUCCCGGUGCUUCGUCAAUGGGAAACUCACCAUCUACUGUGAGAUUGAAAGUUUCGUAUUGAAAAAUCCUGUACUGUCGGGCAAGUCGUCUACAGUGGCUAAUUUGGAUGAGAAACCAUUCGGCAACAGCGACCAACUAGUUGCCCAACUAACAGGACUCUUUGGAGAUUUGAAAUUUUCCGACAUCGCCUUCAACGUCCGUGGACGCCAAUUUAAAGCCCACAAAAGCAUUUUGGCCUCAAGAAGUAAAUUUUUCACUGCGAUGUUUGAGCACCCAACUCAAGAAAAUUUGACGAACCAAGUCGAAGUUGAAGAUGUUGAGCCGGACGUGUUCAAUGAAAUCCUCCGCUUCAUCUACACUGGAAAAGUGUCGGAGUCGACGAUGGAGAACAUGCCCUUUGAAAUAUUUGCGGUUGCGGAUAAAUAUCUAUUGGAUCAAUUGAAAAUUGAGUGUGAGACUCAUAUCAUUCAUCGAAUGUCGGUAGAAAAUUGUCUGGAAUUACUUUUGAACACCCAUGAACAUCAUCCAGCGUUUCAUUUGAGACAGUAUGCGGUCGAAUUCUUCCGCAAUUUCUCCAGCGAAGUGAUGGCGACGAGGGAUUGGGAAAAGGCCAAAAAAGAUAAUCCUGAAAAAUGUUUCAGUGUGCUGCAAGAUCUUGUCAAAUCUCUUGUUUAG